AUCACAUCAAAGCCAGGCGUUGUUAGUGACUGACAACAUCCUGCGGGGAUGCCAGGAGGGUGGGGCGUAAGAGAUGGUUCUGUGACUGCUGCAAAGUAUAAAACCUUCCUGGUUGUCACACUGCCAAGAAGACGCAUCUUGGGCUUUCUCAGUUAAAUAAUGGCGUAUGAGUUGUAUUUUAAUGUCGGGCAUGUUCCUGACAUGAUCUCGUUAUACUCAGGACAGUACUGGCCCACUACACCUCUGGAGGUGAACGACUACAGGUACCCACGGGAAUCCAGCAGAGUGUACGUUGAUGGUGGCUUCAGGAACCGCUCAGAGAACCAGCGCCGCAGGAAGCGCAUCACCUUCACCAAGGCGCAGCUGAGCCAGCUGGAGAGGGUCUUUUCCAUCACUCAGUACCCCAACAUCAAGAUGAAGGAGUCUCUCGCUUCUUUGACUGGCCUGCCGGAAUCCAAGAUACAGGUGUGGUUUCAAAACCGUCGUUCACGCUACUUUAAGAACAAGAAACAAACAAGGGAAGCCCUUAACCUCUCUGCUGAUAGCAUCCAAACGGGGUUCAUCAAUACUACACCCUGCAGCCCUUCAAAGCCUGACCUGGAUCCAUCAUUCUCAUCCACUCCCAGUCCACCGUUGCCACCUGGCCACCCAGCUCUACCUCAGUCCCCCAGUCCCCCAGCAACCCUGGCACAUCCAUCCCUUGAUCUGUUUGGAUUCUCUUUCUCGCAUGACAAAGAUUCAACUGACAAUUUGACCCCUCAAUCUGGACUUGAUGACUUGGAUUAUAGGGAACUGGAAGCAUUACUCGGAUGUCCACAGGCAGCCCAGCCAGAGGUCAGCCACUGCGCUGCAGGUGCCCACGUAGAGCCCACGGAGGGCCUCCGCAGUCAGCUCGAACACCAGACGUUAAGCUGCAAUGAUGAGUCCUUGGACGAUCUGGCUGAUCUGUGCCUCAAAGAAUUGCUGCUCGACUUCAGCCUGUCUGAUCUGGAAAUUUCCGCUGCCAUGUUGGACUAUAUUCUGGCCUGAGAGAUUUGACUUGUGAUAAAGUGUUAUGACUUCACAGAACAACAAUUUAAUUUAAGUUUAUUAUUUAAUCUAAGUUUAUAUUGCUAAAUAUCCCAAAAAUAAAGACAU